CCACAAUGCAACGCGUAUUCAACAUGGCGUCUCACAGAACUGCUUGACUUCUGGCUACAAGACCAAAACAAAGCUGAAGCUAAACAAGACGGUGUAGUGAGUUUAUAAUAAUAUAACAUACAGGAGGAUGAAACUGUUGCUGAAUGUAUUAAAACGAAUACACAAACCAGCCGUUUACAGCAGUCAGCCCCGCUGCCGGAGCUCGUCUGCCCGCAGCGGCCUGCUGCCUCUCCGGGAUGAGGCUCUCAUCGUCGGGUCAAACCCGGAGCUGGUGCAGAGACUCGGCCCACAGGUGGAGGUGAGGACGGGCUUCAUCACUGAGGAGGAGGAAGGGGCUUUCAUGCAAGAGCUGGAGCUAGGCCUGAAGAAGAAACGCUACGAAUUUGACCAUUGGGACGGUGCUAUUCACGGGUACCGAGAGACUGAGCGAGUGAUGUGGGGGGAAAGGUGUGAGGAGGUCUUGAGUCGUGUUCGAUCUGGAGCGUUUCCUGAGGGGAGUCCUCUCCUCGGGCCGGUGCACAUUCUGGAUCUGGACAAGACUGGCUACAUCAAGCCUCACAUUGACAGUGUCAAGUUCUGCGGCAGCACCAUUGCUGGGUUGAGUCUCCUGUCAGACAGCAUCAUGCGCUUAAUGAAGGAGGAUGAUGCCGAAGAAUGGCUGGACCUGCUGCUGCCCCGAUUCUCCCUCUACAUACUGAGGGACCAGGCCAGAUAUAACUUCACUCACCAGAUCCUGAAAGACGAGGAGUCUGUUUUUAACGGACAGAGAGUGCCUCGGCUGCGUCGAAUCUCCGUCAUCUGUCGGAACCUUCCGAGUUAACAACCACUUCCUCUCAGCUUGGAAAUGAACAAUACAUAACAUAAAUAAAGAAUGAUGUCACUGAUCACCAUUAAGAUCUAAAAAUAUGUACCAUAAAUUACCAAGUUUUGUUUGGUUAAUAUAUUGAUAUGAUAUGCAUCUAUGGUAAAGUGUCCGGGACAUUUAUUGCAGUUGAGACACUCUCCAUAUUGUACAAUUGAGAAAUAUUUAUUGGAUUGAGUCACAGUACAACAGUACUUAAAUGAACCAGCAUACUAGCGGUGGUGUUUCACAGCGAGUGCACCUGCGCCACAUAGGCUGUCGUUCGUCAAUAACCACUCAAUUAAAUGUAUGAAAUAAUUGUUUAUAUGUUGUUGGUUCUCCAUAAGAUAGCGGAUUGGCUCCUGUGAUUAUUCAUGUUUUUAUGCAGGUGUUCCUCCACUUAUGUACAAUACAAACUCUUGUGAAUAAUUGCCAAAUAAAUGUAAAGUGAACUUGGA